UGUAACUCAACAUUAGACCGGCAACAUGAGAAGAAUCAUGUUGGUGUAUUUAUAUAUUCUAGUGUUAUUGGUAAUAAGUGCGUCGUCUGUCUGCAACAAUGAACAUUGUUCUAAGAUAGAGUCGAGGGUGAUUGGUGGAGCUCAGAGUGAAAGAAAUUCAAGACCAUAUCAGGUUGCUUUGUACAUGCGCGUUGGAACCACUGGUCAGUUGGGUUUCUGCGGAGGAGCCCUCGUGGACCAGCAGUGGGUGCUCACCGCAGCACAUUGCUGCUUCCAUGAUGGCAAUCUGGUGGAUAACAUACAGGUAAUCCUGGGAGCGCACUCUCUGUACGACCGCUACGAGCACGGGCGCCGUAUCGUGCACGCCAGCGAGGUGCACAUCCACCCGGACUUCCAACCAGACAACUUCACCAACGACCUCGCGCUGCUCAAACUCACCAACACGAUACAAUUAACUGACACCAUCAUGACGGUUCGUCUCCCGUACCUGAGUAUCUCUACGUUUAACUUCGCGGGCGCAGCCGGUACCCUGUCCGGUUGGGGCAUUGCUGGACCAACUGUAACGUUCGUGUCUCCAACUCUUCGCUCGAAGACCAUGACGGUGAUCACGGAUCAGCUCUGCAAUAGCACUUUCUUCAGUGAGCUUCCACCGAACACCGUGUGUGCGUUGGCGCAGUUCUCUGGGACUUGUAAGGGUGACAACGGCGGACCUUUGACGAUAUUUUACAACGAUACUGAGGAGGAUAUAUUGAUCGGCGUGGCGUCGUUUGUCCACGAAAGCGGCUGCAAUGAUUCUAUGCCGUCCGUGUUCACGAGAGUCUCCAGGUUCCUGCAGUGGAUCAGUGAAGUUACUGGGAUUGUUCUACAAUAAAUAUAAUUACAAUUUAAA